AUGUUCGAGGCUCAACUUCCCCGAGCUCAGGUCCUCAAGCAGACCAUGGACGCCAUCAAGGACCUCAUCAAGGAAGCCGUCUGGGACGUUUCCUCCCAGGGUCUGUCCCUCCAAUCGAUGGACAGCUCCCACGUCUCCCUCGUCCAAGUCACGCUCAAAACGGAAGGCUUUGAAUUGUUCCGUUGUGACAAGAAUCUCGCGCUUGGCGUGAAUAUGGACACAAUGCAGAAGCUUCUGAAAUGUGCAAAUAAUGACGACAACGUCAAGUUAACCGCCGACGAUAACGGGGACCUUCUCACCAUGGCAUUCGAAAGUCCGAACGGGGAGGUAACGUCGGAAUACGAAAUGAAGCUGAUGGAUUUGGACAUCGAGCAGCUCGGCAUCCCGGAGCAGGAAUACAGCUGCACGAUUAAGAUGCCCUCGAAGGAGUUCCAGGGCAUCUGCCGCGAUCUCCAGAACAUCGGCGAGAACGUCCGACUCACCGUCGUCAAGGGCGGCGUCGACUUCAGUGCUCAGGGCGACAUUGGCCAUGCUAAGAUCCACCUGACCGAAAGCGCCACUGUCGACGACGAGAUGGACGCCAUCACCGUCGACAUCCAGGAGCCCGUCAAUCUCAACUUCGCUCUUCGGUACUUGAACUUCUUCACGAAGGCGACGCCCCUCUCCCGCCAAGUCACCAUCCAGAUCUCGCCGGACGUGCCCAUGGUCGUCGGAUACGAGAUCGAAGGGCUCGGCCACGUGAAGUACUUCCUGGCGCCGAAGAUCGAAAACGAAGACGACGAGUAG